CGCGCGCGAUGGGCGGGGUGUGGACGGCGCUGCGAUGGCUGCCCGCGGGUGUCGGACCAGCGAAGCCCCCGGCGCCUCUCGGAGCCCGGCCUCCUGACGCCGCCAGUGGGCGGGGUCGCCCGGGCCGCCGCCACCGCUGUCAUGUAUCCGCCGCCGCCGCCGGCGCCACAUCGGGACUUCAUCUCGGUGACGCUGAGCCUUGGCCAGAGCUACGACGGCAGCAAAAGCUGGCGGCGGCGCUCGUGCUGGAGGAAAUGGAAGCAGCUGUCGAGAUUACAGCGCAACGUGAUCCUUUUCUUCCUCACGUUUCUCCUGCUCUGCGGGCUCCUGUCCUACAUCAGCGUGGCUGACCAGUGGAGAGCCGUGGAUGGCAGGUCAGCGGAAGAGCGGAAGGUGAGACCAGCAGGUCCGCCCGUCUUGCCGGCUCCUCAGAAGGCAGAUGCUAAUCCAGAAAACUCGCCGGGGCUUUUACCCCAGAAGCCUCAGAGGCAUUUCCGACGGGGACCGCCCAACCUGCAGAUUAGAGCCCCCGACAAAGACUCCAAGGACCGGAGGCAGGAUGACACGAGGCGGAGGGACGAGGUGGUGGGCGACGCUCGUCAGGAAGAGAGCACACAGAGAACGGUGGUCAGCUGGAGGGGUGCAGUGAUCGAGCCGGAGCAGGGCACCGAACCCCCUUCGAGAAAGGCAGGGGGCCCCCCCACCAAGCCUUCCUCACAGGCCCCCGGGAUUCAGAACCAACCAGCCUCCCCGAACGAGCGUCAGAGGGCCGUGAUAGACGCCUUCCGCCACGCGUGGACCGGCUACCGCAAGUUCGCCUGGGGCCACGACGAGCUGAAACCCGUGUCCAGGUCCUUCAGCGAGUGGUUUGGCCUGGGACUUACGCUGAUUGACGCCCUGGACACCAUGUGGAUUUUGGGUCUGAAAAGAGAGUUUGAAGAAGCCCGCAAGUGGGUGUCUAAGAAGCUCCGGUUUCAGAAAGACGUGGACGUCAACCUGUUCGAGAGCACGAUCCGGAUCCUGGGCGGCCUUCUGAGCGCCUACCACCUGUCCGGGGACGACCUCUUCCUGAGGAAGGCCGAAGACUUUGGGAAUCGGCUGCUGCCUGCGUUCCAGACGCCCUCCAGGAUCCCAUACUCGGACGUGAACAUCGGCACCGGAGCCGCCCACCCGCCCCGCUGGACCUCGGACAGCACGGUGGCCGAGGUCACGAGCAUUCAGCUGGAGUUCCGAGAGCUCUCCCGCCUCACGGGGAGUAAGAAGUUUCAGGAGGCCGCGGAGGAGGUGACGAGGCGUGUGCACUCCCUGUCGGGGAAGAAGGACGGGCUGGUGCCCAUGUUCAUCAACACGCACAGCGGCCUCUUCACUCACAUGGGAGUGUUCACUCUGGGCGCCAGGGCCGACAGCUACUACGAGUACCUGUUGAAGCAGUGGAUCCAGGGCGGAAAGAAGGAGACGCAGUUACUGGAAGACUACCUCGAAGCCGUCGAGGGAAUCAAAAGGCACCUGCUGCGCAGGUCUGAGCCCAGGAAGCUCACCUUUGUGGGGGAGCUGGCCCACGGCCGCUUCAGCGCCAAGAUGGACCACCUGGUGUGCUUCCUGCCAGGGACGCUGGCUCUGGGCGCCCACCACGGCCUGCCCGCCGACCACAUGGAGCUGGCCCGGGCGCUCAUGGACACCUGCUACCAGAUGAACCGCCAGAUGGAGACGGGGCUGAGCCCCGAAAUCGUGCACUUCAACCUGUACCCCCAGAGCGACCGCAAGGACGUGCAGGUCAAGCCGGCCGACAGGCACAACUUGCUGCGGCCCGAGACGGUGGAGAGUCUGUUCUACCUGCACCGCCUCACGGGAGAGCGCAAGUACCAGGACUGGGGCUGGGAGAUCCUGCAGAGCUUCAACAAGUACACGCGGGUCCCCUCGGGUGGUUAUUCCUCCAUCGGCAACGUCCAGGAUCCCCUCAAUCCCCAGCCCCGGGACAAGAUGGAGAGCUUCUUUCUGGGGGAGACGCUCAAGUACCUGUACCUGCUCUUCUCCGACGACCCGGCCCUGCUCAGCCUGGACGCCUACGUGUUCAACACUGAGGCUCACCCCUUGCCCAUCUGGGCCCCGCCUAGGGUGGGGUGACCCCCCCGUGGGCACUGCCCGGGGGCCUCACACGUCUUGCGUCUGUGGGUACCUGGCCUCGGAACCCUGGCCUCGGGUAGGUUCGCUCUCUUGACCUUGGCCGCGGCGUGUCCCCUCGGCCGACUGUCCGUGCUCCAGGGUCAGGCUGAUGACAUUCCCCAGGGGGUUACCGAGCCUGACGUCUCAGGGCCUCAGAGGUGGUCAGGGCAGCUGGGCGCCCGGCGCUUUGCCGCUGGCUUUGCACUUCUGGCUUGUGGUUCUCGUGACGUCGGAUGGUGUCGUGAGGUCAGCGCCGUGAAUCCCCGAGGCCCCACCUGCUGGGGACCUUCCUGCUUGAAUCAUGACUUACAUUCCUGAUGCCCAAACGUCUUCUGUGUGGCCCCAGUGUCUCUGCUUGUCCCCUGGGGCCGCUCUGGGUCUCCCGGACCCACACGUGUCCUGAGAUGAGCUGAAGGGACAGCCCGACAUGCGGUUCAGCCCGGGGUCUCCAGAGUCUGUGAAUGUGCCCUGACCCGGGAGUCCUGGGGGGGCACUUGUGACCUCCUGCGAAUCCGGGCACCUGGCCGGCUGUGGUGUUUACAUGUUGGACUCAGGGAUCCUCCCCCGGCCCUGCAGGGGCGGGGAGGGGCGGGUGGACAAGUUCAUCCUGCUCCUGGACCACCCGACAGAACGGACUUUCCAGGCAGCAUAAACGUGGAUUGUUUCCUAUGUUGGUAAACGGGUCCUUUACUGUGAAACAUCUUUGCGUAGUUUGAGAGAAAGCCAUUGUCGCUUUGGGGCGCUUGUGACUGCAGUGCACAGGGGUGUCAGGUUUCCAGCCCAAUAAUCCUGCCAUCCUCCAUACAUAAGUUAGCACAUACGCACCUUACCUGUGGUUGGACGAGAUAACGCAUCAGGGGGUGGGAGCGGAAGGUGUGCUUUGCGGCCUGUCCCAAACACAGACCCACAGCAAAGAGAGCCAGCGAGCGCCAUGCCCAAGUUCUUUCAUCAGCUUCUGUGUAUUUCGUGAAAGACAGAAGUUCACAAAAUGCAAAAUCGGAUACCUUGGAAAGGUCAGCGUAGAGAAAAGAUUUCUGUGGCGAGGCAGAGCGGCAACAUCCACCUCCCGUUCUCCCCAGAAACAAAACAGCAGUAGAACCGUCGCGGUCAGUGUUGACAACAGCCAAUGAACCAUGAGGAAAAAAGGAAGUGUGGCUCCAUGAAGGGAACAAAAUUAGUUGCUAAAAACUGUCGCUAAAGACAGUCCAGCCUUGAGAAUUGUUAGAAAAGGGCUAAUAAAACUAAAUUAAACGUUCUCGACUUGAACACACACAUGGAAGUAGGGGAAGUUGGGGAAAUACUACGAGCACACGGAGAUUACCAGAGAAAUUACCAGAGGGAAUAAUUAUUAAAAAUCCUCUUCCACUGAAAUGUGCAGCAAUGAGAGAUUCAUCAGAGUUCAGUAGCCACAGCAGCGAGGAGACCACAGAAUGUGAGCCGUGGACAGAGCCCGAGGGACAGGUCCCACCCUCCGCAGGCCCCACAAGUCUGUUAGAGUUGGGGUCUCAGGCAAAAGGGGAUUUGAAACAGUGCUGAACGCUUACCAAAUGUGACGUUCUAAGAUGUAAAUUACAAAUUCAAGAAGGUCAGACACUUCCUAGUAGAAUCAACACAAGACGACCUGGGAUAAGUGGUGGGAGAGUCUUGACCGCCGUGAGUGGUGACCUGUGACGUGUAGACCCACGGCAAGGCCAGCCUCCCAGUGAGGGAGAAAAAAGGCCAGAAGAUGGGAAUGGAAUGAUGCUUUGAUGAGAAAAGUUGUCACCCCGGAGUUCCAUGUACAGCAAAACUGACUCAGAAAUGGAGAAUUCUAGGUAUUAACGGGGGAAAGCCGGAUAGCUUGUCGCCAGGUGGCCUGACGUGCAUGAAAUGCUCCAAGGACUCUGGGCGGAACUGCUGCCGGAUGGGAACUCGGGGCUCUGUUAAGACGCGGCUGUGAUGCGUCAAAUCAGUUACGUGUUUGGCUGCCACUCCUGUUUUUAUUCUCCAGGAUUUAAAAGCUGUUCAUGGGAGAUCAUUACAAGUUUAUGUUUUGGGGCCCACAGUGUGCAGCGUGAGUUUUGAGAGUAGCUACAGAAGCAGACUGGUCUGAGCCGUCUCAGAGAUAGGUCGUGUAUGUUAGUGAACACAGUUGCUGUAUGUGUGGACCAGAGUGUUAGAAAUUCGGGAUGUCACCCAUGAUAGCCACGAUGAAAUUAUCAAAAAGAUACACGUGGGUGGAAAGGAGAAGAGAGUGAGAACGGUUCACUAAAGUUUUUAAAAAAAAAAAGUCCUUGGAAGAAAUGAGGCACGAAAAAGGAUUAACAUAUAGAAAACACUCGCAAAGUGGUAGAAAGAAGUCUUACUGGUAAUUACGUAAAAUAAAAUGGAUGAAACCCUUCGAUCAAAACCCGAGCUUGGCAGAAUGGACUAAAACACAGUGACCCAAGUACGUACUGUCUAGCAGACACCAUGCUUCCAAAGAUACAAAUAGACUGAAGGCAAAAGCAUGGGGGGAGACACUCCAUGGAAACAGUGACCCAAAGAGAGCUGGGAUGGCUGUGAACGCUUUAACUCAAACACGGGGGUGCCUGGUGGCUCAGUGGGUCGAGCACCCAACCCUUGAUUUCAUCUCAGGUCAUGAUCCCAGGGUCGUGGGGUGGAGCCCUGCAUCGGGCCCCACGCCGAGCAUAGUGCCUGCUGGGGUUCUCUUUCUACCUCUCUGCCCUCUCCGUUGCUUGCACACGGUGUCUUUCAAAUAAAAAUUAAAAAAAAAAAAACUUUUAAGAGGUCAACGUA